AUGUCCGCCGCCACCGUCAUCGCCGAGGUCAAGAAGAUCGCCAAGGCGGAGCCGGCCGCCAGCGGCCAGUCGCCCGCGACCGACAAGGCGAAGAAGGAGGAGCCCACGACGCCGGCGCAGAAGCGCCAGGCCGCGGCCGUCGCCGCGCGACGUCCAGCGGCGCCCGCCCGGUGGAAGUGUCAGAACCGGUUGACCCCGCAACCGCUGGCCCGCGCCGUGCUGCCGCUCAUCACGCGCUGCUUCGCAUCCGCCGGCGCCGUGCCGCCAGGCGGUGUAGAGCUCGAGUCGCUCGUGCGGCUGAUGGUGGCGGGGCGGGCGGGAAGGCUGGAGGCCGAGAGCCGCGUGCAAAAUCUUCUGUCGCCGUGUUGCAGCCGGGCCGAGGGCGCGUCCGACUUCACGCUGGCGGCGCUGCUCGAGGCGACGCGGCGAGUGCACGCCUUUGUCUCGGCCGCGCUGCUGCCGGCCCUCGGCGACGGCGUCGACGUGCAGACGCUGACGGUGGCGCGGCUCAACGAGUGCGCCCUGCCGGCGGCGGAGGAGGGGUCGUUCGAGGCGCGGCUGCUCGAGCUGCUGCGUGCGCGAGCGAGAGGAGGACUCCAAACGGCUGCAGGCGGGCCGGGCCGCGGCGGAGGCGACGGGCAGGAGGGUCCGCUCUCCGGCUUGAGCCUCCACCGCGAGGUCGUCUCCGAGCUCUCCCUCAGCCAGCCUGAGGCGGCGGCGGCGGCGCAGCUGGCCGAGGCGGUGUCGGCGGCGCUCGAGGCACGCCCCGCUCGACGCGCCCCGCAGCCGCGCCUGCUUUCUCCGCGGCGUGCGGCUCGACGCGAGGCGGCCGCCGCCGCAGGAGUCGCCCUCGCGCAGAUCCGCGCCGAGCGGGCGGCGAGCGGCGAGGCGCUGCUGUGGGGCGAGGCGUUGCGCGGAGGCUCGCCCGCCUUCGAGGUCCUCUCCCCCUCGCGGCUGCACGAGGUCGCGCGCGGCCUCCGCCGCCGCGCCGUCGAGCGCGCGGCGGUGCGCGGCGAGGCGCGCUCCCUCCGCUCGAGGCUGGUCGAGCUGCGCGUGUCGCUCGCCGACCUCGAGGCGCGUAUCGCCGCCGUCUCCGCCGCGCCGCCCGCCGAUGGCCGCCCGCCGCCGGACGACGGUAAGUGGCUGCUUCGCAUGCUGCGCCACGCGGACAACGCCGCGGCGCGCCGGACGCCCGAGGCCGGCCAGACGCUCGAGUCGGCGGCGCAGCUCGCCUCCCUCGCAAGGGUGGAGACGAGGGGGUCACAGUGCCCGAGGUGGCGCGCCAAUCUCGGCUGCAUCUCGCACGGGGUGCGGUGCCGGUGGCACGCCCACCCGCACAAGCGGUCGAUGCUCGACCGGCUCCGGCGCUCGGCCAAGGGGGGCCCGUCCCAGACGCUCGCCGCCGAGCUGGAGCACGUGCAGGUUUUUGCGCGCGAGGACCGAUGCAAGUAUGUGGUCUUCGAAUUUGACUUGGGAUCAUCGCCUCGUGAAAACUGUAUCAUCAUGAAUGACCACUUGGACGGACGCAUCGACCACUGCCAGACCCAGGGCAGGCUCCUCGACUCCAAGUGCCAGGAUGCCUCUGCGAAUGAGACGUGCGCGUACCUCCCAGCCGUCUGCAUGGUGAACCUCCCACACGGCGACUCUGACGAUAAGGAGACCUACAUGCAAACGUGGAGAGACAAUGAGAUGCCAGCCAACUUUCAACUCUGCGAAAACAAGUGCCAGAACGUGCUCGACUCAAAGAGAAUUGACACUGGUUACGUCUACUACGAGAAAGGAGGUGAAGCUCCUUUCUGCAAGUGCUGGGCAGACAGCCCAGUGGUCAACAUCGGCGGCGGCCCUGGCGCUGAGUUGCUGCCGUUCUAUCUCUAUAGCCUCAAAAGGUCAUCGCCGUUCUACACAAACUGCAAGAAGGUCAUCGCAGCUCCUAACGUCAAUGUUGGAGCGUGCGACAAAGCGUUCGCAGACGGCUUCGGUCUCGCACCGCCCUCGCCUGACCCCGACGUCAGCUGGUGCAACGGGAAUGAGACCAGCCUAGGUGCUGCACAGGUCAUGGUGGUGGUGUCGACACAGAUGAUUGGAGACAAGGCAUUGUUGCUGUCGCCCAAUGCGUGCGACGACAUGACCGCCGAGGGAUGUGCUCUGACUGGCUCUCACCCGAUGAUCUCGUGCUGGCUCGUGGACGGCGGCCAAGUUCUCAGUGGAAACUCUCUCGGGAUCAGCGCACGGCUGCAGCUGGGACCAACGCUGUCUGACGCGGUGGACGACGUCAUAAUAGAUAAAAUCAUCGAUGCUGGCGAAGUCAUCAUCUCGCUCAUCGUGAAGAACUUCCGCUGCGCGGACGCCGCUGCGACAGCGGUCAAAGUCGCAAAGCGGUUCUCCGCGCCAACGGCGAACGUCGCGUGUGGGGGGGCGAGCACGCGUCGUCGCCGCCUCACAGACGACCUCUCCCUCACCAUCACCAUUCCGACCAUCGCCGCGAACCACGACGCCGUCUUGAACUCAGCGACCACGCUCUUUCAGGAUGAGGAGGCCGCAACCGCGCUGCUCGGUGCAUCGGUGUACUCGGGCAGCGCGACCGUCACUGACACCUCAAACGGCGGCGCGGACAAGGACCCGCACCUUGCAUUCCCUCACGGCGGCACGGCGGACUUCCGAGGCAGGAAUGGGAUCUACUACAGCUUCCUCUCCUCGCCCGGCCUCGCCGUCAACGACGCCACAUUCAAGCUCCACAACUCCAAGCUGAUGGUGGACGGCUCCUUCAUCACCGAGGUGCAUCUCUCCGCACGGACCGCCAGACCCGCUGGCAAGAGCGCUUGGGCGAACGCCUCCUUCUGGGCCGCCGAGCUGUCCGACUUCAACACGGGGUGGAAGGUCAUCAAUGGCUCGUGCUCGGGCGCAUACUUUGAGUUCGGCCUCAACGGCCGCAAGACGUGCGGCGAUCUCGCCAUACGGAUGAGGUACGCCAGCGCGACCUUCACAUUCCGCGAGGCGUGGACCGUCGUCGUGCGCGGUAACCAUGUGUUUGAUCGUGUCACCGGCCCGACCCACCGCCUCGACCUGACGUUCAAGGAGGCCGCCGGAGCAGCGGCGCGGACCCUGCCGCACGGCAUCAUCGGCCAAACUUUCUCGUCGAGUGCGCCGCGCCACGGGAAGCAGGACGUCUACCCUGAGUUUGGCCGCGUCGCGACGUCCGCGAUGGCGGAAGGCGCCGCGGCUGCGCUGCCAACAGGACCUCGGCCGCCGCGGCUCAGCGCCAUCGAGGGGACCGCGGCCAUGUACGAGGUGGCGUCGCCCUUCGCCACCAACUUUGCCUUCUCUCGCUUUGGCGCCACCGAGCUCGCCGUGACAGCUGGCGGGCUCGCCUCGCUCGCGGCGGGAGCGGAGGCGACCUCGACAGAGCGGGAGUAG